UUAGAAGUGUUCAAAACAACAGAUACGCCACGUACAGUGUGUUGACUCUUCCUCUCACUUGUUUAAAGUAGGUCUUUCCAAACUCAGCCGACAGUCCUUUUCUCCAGCUCUCCCCAAACCCUGGAGGUAUUUGAGCGGAAGCGAGUUUCUCCAACGCUGCUCUCUUGUUGCGGGCGAUCCUGUCCAGCUGCUCCGGGGACAGAGGAGCAGGAAGAGGGCUGCAGGGCUCUGGCUCCACCGCCGAAGACUUCGGCUUCUUCUGCAGAAUUUUAGUGUAUUGAGCAAAAUACAGAGGCGGUGAGAAGCGUGCAGCUGGAGGUGAAACUGGCCUUAGAAGCCGUCGACAACGUAGCGCAAACAUAGUGCUGUGGUAGCCGGGAGCAUAAUUUCACAACAAUCAAGAACAGAGUGGCGCUUGUGAAGGCAGCUUGGAUUACGCUGAACGUGUAAACGACAGAUCCCUCACUGUUUGACAUAUACUCGUUGCAACAGGUUACUGCAAUGGAAAAGUUUGUGGUUCAGGGAAAGAAUAAACGCUCCUGCACCACUGAUGCAAGAAGUCCAUGGAAGAAGAUCAAACCGAGUGAUGAGAGGAUGGAGCAGCAGCAGGAGGAGGAAGACGCUUUAGCAGAGUUCUCUCAUCCUGUUCCCUGGCAAAAAAUAGAGGCAGAGGGACUAGACUGCGAUUAUGCUCUGCUGUUCUCCAAAGAGGAAGCUGACCACCUUUUUAAACAGCUGGAGGAGGAGGUGGUGUACUCAACAGGGGAAGAAGCAAAGGUCCAGGUGUUUGGAAAGGUGUACAAUAUCCCGAGAAAGCAGGCGACAUAUGGAGAUGCAGGUCUAGCCUACACUUAUUCUGGGGUGACACGGUUAGCCUCUCCAUGGACUCCAACAUUGGAAUAUAUUCGGGAUUCUGUCACAAAAGCAACCGGACAAACAUUUAACUUUGUUCUGGUCAACAGGUACAAAGACGGGCAGGAUCACAUGGGUGAGCAUCGGGAUGACGAGAAAGAGCUGGACCCCCUCUGUCCCAUCGCCUCUGUUUCUCUGGGAGCGGCACGAGACUUUAUCUUCCGGCACAGAGAUGCUCGGGGAAAACAGAGCCGGCGACAGAUUGAACUCGUGAAGCUGGAACUCGCUCAUGGGAGCCUGCUCCUCAUGAACCCACCAACCAACACUUUUUGGUACCACAGCCUCCCUGCUCGCAAGAAGAUUUUCCUACCUCGUAUCAACCUCACCUUUAGACGCAUCCUGCUAGACAGAAAGAAAUUACAGCAUGGAUUAUCAUCUGGGCCUAAGAAACAUCUGAUUAAAAGGGGCUCCAAGUUAAGCUUAAUGUAGAUAAGCCCCCUUGCUGUCAUUGGGCACAUGGCCACAUAUCACCAAUCUAAAGUGUUUGUUACUGUUGCAGAUGAGUCUGAGGGACUAAAUGACAGCACAAGGUGAAAUAACUGAGGACUGUCAAGUGGGACUCUGGAGAUUAAGCACAUUUCACAGUGAAUUAGUGGUUUUAAAAUGACCCAAAUCUCUGACUGACUCAAGGUCAAACUACCACUAAAGCUCCUUUCAUCAGGUUCAGUUUUAUGUAGCAGCUGGCAAUGUUAAUGUUAAUAAAAACAAUUCUUCACAGUUCAA